AGGGAAAAAAAAAUACCGUGCGCAGAAAAAAAAAACCCGCCGGGUGCAAAAGUUUUUUUUAUAACCGUCUGCAUAGUUACGGGUUGGGUGAAACAAUGAAAGGGCAGUUUCCCCGUUCUCUAGAACUUUCAGCUUAAGUCUCUCUCUCUCACGCCUCGCACCUUUUUAUUUAGUUUUAAAUUCCAGCCGUUAUUUUAGACGUUAAACGGCCCUUUGUUCUUUGGAACGGCGCCGUUUUUUUUCCGCCAGCCGUUCGCUCUGCUGACAGACUGAGGGAAGAUGGACUGCGAACCGAAUCGGGCACGCCUGAUGUGCAUGCUGUGGCUGACAUUCGGCUUCUUCGUGGUGGAGGUGGUGGUGAGCCGGCUGACCAGCUCGUUGGCCAUGCUCUCCGACUCUUUCCACAUGCUGUCAGAUGUCAUCGCCCUGGUGGUGGCCCUCAUCGCCGUGCGCUUCGCCGCCAAGACCCAGUCGACGGCCAAGAACACGUUCGGCUGGAUCCGUGCCGAGGUGAUGGGAGCGCUGGUCAACGCCGUCUUCCUCACGGCGCUCUGCUUCACCAUCGUGCUGGAGGCCAUCGAGCGCUUCAGCGAGCCCCGGGAGAUCCAGAACGCGGUGGUGGUGAUCGGGGUGGGAGCCGCCGGGCUCCUGGUCAACCUCCUGGGGCUCUGCAUGUUCCAUGGCAGCGGCGGCGGAGCGGCCCACGGCCACUCGCACUCUCACUCGCACGUCUCCAGCUCGGACAGCGGUCUCUGGCUCCGCAGGAAGAAGAGGGCCGAGGCCGACAAGCUGUCCAGUAACGGGACAAGCGUCCGCGACCAGGAGGAGAUCAACAUCCUGGUCAGCGGCAGCACCAUCAACGGCGUCAACCCCGACAAGCAGGACGUGUUCGGUACGUGUAGAAGUGGUGACCCCCGACUUCUUAACGAUCUACUGAGGGACAAUAGUACGGAGGGCCUUCAACUGAAUGGAAUUUCUGUUCUUGACGAUCAUCGUGAUGAAUUUGGAGAUGUUGAUGAUUCUGCAUCGCAACUGAACAUGCGUGGUGUCUUUCUCCAUGUGUUAGGAGAUGCCCUGGGCUCUGUCAUAGUGGUGGUAAAUGCACUGAUAUUUUACUUUGUUUGGAACCCAUGUCCUGAAAAUGGGCCAUGCAUUAAUAUGUGUCUACACGAUCAUUGUGUUGAUCGAGAACAUCUAAAUGGCACACAGUCAAACAUGUCUGAAAAUAGUGAAAAUAUUCCAGAAGCUGGACCCUGCUGGGUGUUGUUCUUAGAUCCCACAUUAUGCUGUAUUAUGGUAUGUAUCUUGCUCUACACUACCUAUCCUCUUCUGAAGGAAUCUGCUCUUAUUCUAUUACAAACAGUCCCUAAACAAAUAGAUAUGCAGUUAAUAAAUGAGAAACUGCGCAACUUGGAAGGUGUUCUUGCUGUACAUGAGCUUCAUGUCUGGCAGUUAGCUGGUAGUAGAAUUAUUGCAACAGCCCACAUUAAAUGCCGUGACCCAACUGCUUACAUGGAUGUAGCGAAACGCAUUAAAGACUUUUUCCACAAUGAAGGAAUCCACGCCACAACCAUCCAACCAGAAUUUGCUUCAGUGAACUCUGAAUCACGUAUUUCCCUUUGUGAACUGCCGUGCAAGACUCAAUGUGCCUUAAAGCAGUGCUGCGGCAAUGGCGAGAAGUCCUCUAGCGAUUUAAAGUUGGAAACUCCAUCUACUCAUUCUCUUGAGGUCAUCAGGGAAUCCCCUGAACACCCCAGUGUGAGGACUGAAAGAAAUGAAAGUGGCAACAAUGCAGUAAAAAACAAAGACACACAAUAUGAAUCAGCUGUGUAAAUUUAGCCAACCUAACUUUAGAAGUGAUGUGGUACUUUAUUGACUUAAAAUUUUGGGGUUGUCAACUGGAAUUGAUUGGCACUGAGUUAAAAUAACUGUGGCAGAUAACACAAAUGUUAUUGAACUUGUUCCACUGCUCCUUGAUUUAUAAAUGGCACAUUCCAAAGCAAACUCGUGGACAACUGAUCAGAAACUUCUUGAAUCUGUUAUCACAGUUUUGUGACAAGCAAUGUGGAUAGUGCAUCACUGACUGUGUCAGCAGAAAAAUGUAUUUAAUUAUUAUUAAAGGCUAUAGCAUUUUGGGAAAUUACUUAGGUUUUUCUAUAAACAGUUUUAUAUAGAUUGAUGUAAGAGUUAUACAUCAACUUGCAAACGCUUUGUCCCCACCAAUGUGAGUUGCUGCUAUAUAAAACUGGGGAAGGUGAGCAAGGGUUGUGGUGUGGAAACCAGCCCAUUGAAUCCAGAGUGUUAAAUCUAAUAAUUGGUAUUACGCAUGGGUAAUUUGCUUUGUGUGGUUAAAAUGUGACCUUUUAUCAUUUCUAGCUUGAAGAUUGCAUUUAUUGUAUUUCUCUAAAUUAUUAGAUAGCAGAAAUGUUUUUGAUAAAGAAUGGUCUGUGUUAACCCUUGCAUUAAUCCUGUUGGUUAUAACCGGUAAUCAUAAGUAAUGUUUUAACACUCUGAUAUGCAGUUGUACCCCAGCCAAUAACUUUGUUUCUGCCUCUUUGAGGAAUAGCUUUCCUCUGGACCAGUUUGUAAAAAAAAAAAUAUAUAUAUACUGAAAUACGCAAGAACAAGUGCUGUGGGCUUAUUUCAGAAAAAAUUGUCAACUAAAUCUGUAGGAUGCAGAUUUCUGAACUGGUACAUUGAAGGUUGAGUGCAUACUAAACAAGUGGACGACUGUAGCAAUGUACAGCUUAGUGAUUUGUUUUAAACUUACUUAGUUUCAUUUUUGGAUUGGUUGAAACCAGAAAUUCUGAUUGUCCUAUUUAACACAAUACAUUGUUUUGUUCCAAACACAACAAGGUAUUUGGACUGGAUACUCCCAUUUUUCAGUGGCACUUCCAAUGCUACUGUUAGGGGACUCAAAAUUUGGAUGGAUUUUUGUCUUUAAUUUCUUUCUCAAUGGAAGAAGCAUACAGAUAAGGUAGUUAGUACGCAACAAGCAGUACUUGCCAUGCAGUAAUGAAGUACAAAAGGCUGUGUCAAAACCUGGAGGAAAAACAUACUGUAACUUUUUUUUCUAACUUCCAUUGCUAUUUUGAUAAUCAUUACUUUGAAAGUUUAAGCCAGUAGUUUGAUAGGCAAGCAAAAAUCCAUGCAAGUUUGAGAUUAGCCUAAGUGGAGGUGUCAGGCAGCUGCAGAAAUAUAAAGUGAUUAACUUUUGUUAAACAUGAAUUCUGUGUAAUGAUUACCAUGAAUUUUGAGGAAGCUAAUGACACACUGUUAACGCUUUAUAUGAUGCACUUCUAAAUCUCAAAACCAUUUCCACUGAAAUGUUGAUGAAAGCAUACAAUUUCUUUACAAAAUUGGAUCAGGUUUCAGUUUCUGUAUUUUCAUUGUGGUUUUUAAACCAUAGCUUUCUGCUCCCUUUUGUAGAAGUACUUUUAGAUUUUAAUGUGGCAUCAUCUGCAGAAAUUAUGUAAAGUUUCACAUUGAGAAGCUUGUGAAUUGUUGUCCACUGAAAUUUGCAGCCAAAUCCUCUGGAGUAAACCUGAAGUAUAAUACCUCCUCCCAUGACUUCGACCAUUUCUACCUUCAAAAUGUUUAAAUUUAAACAAACAAUGCUCUGAUGCUAGAUUUGAAGAGAUACACUUGUGUUUUCACCCUGAUUUUAGUAAAGUCCAUUGGGUGUUUGCAAGUUUCACAUUAAUUCCAUUAAAACUGUGAAAAAUACCCUACUGUGUGAGUAGACUAUCAACCCAAAUGUGUUCCACCUGGAGUCACAAUUUUAAACUAGCAUUGAGGUGUGCUACUGUUGAUUACAAGUCUGUUACUGAUUGUGAUAGUGGUGGGAGUGAUAUUAGAAGAUGAAUGAAGUGUCUUGACUGAACAUUGACACACACAGGCUUGAAAAUAACUUCCCAGUAUUCUAAAGAAGCCCAGCGACUAUGCUAUUGAGUUACUUUUAGAAUUGGGGGGGAAAAAAGAAAGAGAUCAGGCUUAUUUUUUGAGUUUUAAAUAGAUCAGCUGCAAGUGGAAGUUUUUUUUGGGUCCAGAAGUCCUCAUUUAUAGGUUUCUACAUAAAUUUUAAAUGAAGGUAGUAAGCAAUUUUUGAAGAAAGCAAAAACAUAAAUGCAAUCUAAGGUCCAAAUUUAAUAGAAAGGGAGAAAAAUCCAGUGAAUAUCAUGAAGGAGGUAGCAUGUACUUUUAGAAAACAUAGUGUAUACCCUAAGAGCAAAUCAUAAUUUUUAAAAAUUCGUCCAUGGGAUGUGGGCCUCGCUGACCAGGCCAGCAUUUAUUACCCAUCCCUGGUUGCCCUAGUUUAGAGGGCAUUUGAGAGUCAGCCACAUUCCUGUGAGUCUGCAUUCACAUGUAGACCAGACCAGGUAAGGAUGGCAGAUUUCCUUCCCUAAAGGACAUUAGAAAGGUUAGAAGGUUAUUAGAAACUUUUUUUAAAGUGUUUUGUUCAAUGGUUUACAAGAAAAUACAUAAUGAAGCAAGUCUCUCUUUUUUGGAUUCAUUAAAUGCAUUAAUACUUUUCUUCCUCAAAUUGUUUUGCUUUGUUCAUAUGUAUUCUUGCAUUAAAUUCUACUCCUCCAUGUCAAACACAAUGACUUCUACAACUGAUUCUGUGGAUACUUCAGAUUGAACCAACUCAAAUCUUUACAAUUGGGUAUCAUAUAUUCGUAAUGCCAAUUAGAACACACAUUUCUGGUGUGAAAAUCGUCAUUUUAAUCUAUGCAUGCUACAGCAUUGUGUGGAUUCUACUCUGGAGAAAGAAGUUUCACACUAGGUCUCAAACUUGGGGUAAAUUUUUGAAAGUGAUUUAACUUGAAGAUAUCUUCCUGUAGCUAAUAGAAAAGCAAUCUGACUUGGUCACUGUAUAAAAGUUUUGGGACAUGGGAUGGAUAUGACAUUACUAUUACAAAGCAAGUACAACACUUUGGGUCUAAUGUUGAUAUGAGAAAAGACAUUACUUAGUUAUAUAUCGGUAAUUAGGACUUUAUUUACAUUUCCAGAAUGGUCGUUUUAGUUCUUGGAGGGGAUGAUUUGAAGCCAAAGUGUAAAUUUCAUACUAAGAGUUCUCUCUCUCAGAUGCCUCCAAGGAGCAUUUGUUAGACCAAAAUUAAAACGUAAAAUUCCUAUUUAGAGGAAAGUAUGAAUUUCAUGUGCAUCCCAUAGAUUCUUUACACUUUAUGACCUGGGGGAAAUGUAACAAAUUGUGUAUCAGCAGUUUGAUCUUAUCCAUUUGAAAUUAUAGGAUGCCUUAUAGCGAUGGUAAUUUAAAAUCUGCAGCAGCUUUGUCAGUUUCAGUUGGUACAGCAGCAAUUUUGCACACCCUAGUUAACAAGAAAUUGAUGAAUUUCAGAUGCCACUUGCCAUUUCGAGCCUUAUUUGUUCAAAUCACAUACAAUGCAAUGAUUUGAAUUUCAUCCUUGAUCAGGGAUCAAUACAAUUAGAACUAUUUUGUCAGAAAAAGUUACAAAACAAAGGCUUUUUGGCAGUAUGCUUAAAGUACUGCUACUUUUUUUUGGAGUGGUUUAGAAUUUUUAGAAGAAUGUUUAAUGAAGUGUAUGUUGUUUUGAAGAAACUGCCUCCAGGUGAGGGAUAUGAUAAUCAUCAUCUUCUUGGGUAGUCCUUUGGGAUGGAGGAUGACUUGUUUCCAUUCCGGUUUGAUGGGUUCUGAAAUGGCUGAUAAGUCCAGUGCGCGAUCUGCAGACUUCCCCCACAUGUGCGGCAAGUGAUACUUGAGGGGUUGGGUAGAUUGUUUAAAGGUUUGUGCACUCCCCUGACACUUCGACUUUGCCUCUGCACGUUCCCGAUAAAGUUUCUCCAUGUUUUCAGUGCCUUCCCGAAUAAGUCUUCUCCAUUUUGGUUGAUCACAAGCCAUGGUCUGUCAUUAGUCGGGGGUAUGUUUGACCUCUUCAGGGAUGCUUUGAGGACUUCCCUAAAGCAUUGAUGAUCAUCAAGGCAGGCAGGAUAAACAAUGAUCACUUUAGUUAGUUGUGCACUGUGACCAAAUUGGUAACUUGGUGAUUCUUGUGUUAAUCACAGAUUAACUCACUGUCCACAACAAAAAUAUUUUAUUUCCUGUAGUUGCUUAAAUCCAUAAAUAAAUGUAAAAACCAUGUCUUUCAUAAGAAAAUUCAUACUGUGGUUGUAUAGUCAAGGCAGUGCUGUUAUGUUUGGACUUUAUAAUCAAAUGAGCUAAACCUUGCUGGGAUGUGUUCACAAAUGAUUUAGGGCACGUGAUUUCUACCUUUGCUGUAUAUCAGAAUUGCUGCUGAAAUACUGUGGAUUUGCACAAAUGUUUGAGUACUGAAAAUGCCAGUCUCUUAGAGCUAUUUAUUCAAUUUCUGUAUGUAUGUACUUGAAUUUGGGUUGAAUUAAUUUUGUGGUACAAAAAGCUGGGCAAACCUUUAAUAAAAACAUUUUUGGGGGGAGGGGAUGAUCCUUAGGUUGUACAAAUAAUCGUGUAUAAUACAAAAGUCUGUUUAUUUAAGAGUUGUAACUAAAAUCAGUGGAGAAUUAUUUUUUUUUCCCAAAAGUGUAACCUUUUCAAAAGACAUGAGUCCAAUUGGUCGGGCUUACAAACCAUGUUCCAAGUUUCACCUUCAGGUGUCCUGUGUGUCUUAUUAACGACUCCAAGCACUCUAAUAUCUGUACAUCAGUUAACGAGGCUGAUGUGGCUCAGGUAAUGAAAAUUGUGCAUGUUGGUUGGAGUACAGCAAUUCAGGGGUUUUAGUUAUCAGUAUAAUAUGUUUAUAGUGCAGUGAGAAGAGUUGUAAGCGAGGACAUAAUAAGAUGAUGUAUAUGUUAAUCAUCUAGAAAUUAAUCCUGGUCUCUCAUUUCCUUUUUAAAAGUAAAUAUGGUGUUUGAAUAAGAAACCUCAUCUUGAGCACUAACAAUUUUCACUUUUAAGUAUUAGAUUUGUGUAGUGUAUGUAUGUUUUCUUUUUGUUUACUUUAGUAAUGUUGCCAGCCUAAUUCUGGCAGUGAUUCUGGUGCAGUUCUAGGCACCAUUAUUUUAUUUUUUUGGGGGUUAAAAUCUGUACACUGCUACACUCCUCAUCUGGAAUUUUGAUUGCUGUUGUAAAUAUUGCAUUUGUAAUUUUCCAAAGUUAUUCCAACUUCGUAUAGUGACAAUUUGAAAUAUUUCAAUGUAUUGAUACAUUAUAAACAUGGUCUUGACAAAA